UCAGCGUUCUAGCAAACAGCAGAAAAAGAGGCUCAAAACACGUGUGGCGUUCGUGUUGUGAUCAGCAGGCAGGAGUCCGAGCAGGAAACAAUCAAACGGACAACGAUUAUAAGUCAUUAUCGAUCAGAAAUGACGAAGGUAAAGAAGGAGAAGGGCUUGGCGGAAGGAGAGGAGGCUGGCGCCGGUACCGGGGGCACCGAGAGGUCCUACCAGGAGCUGAUCGCUAACAUGAACCCGAUCGCCCAGCCGCUGGCCCCGAAGAAACUCAGCAAGAAGCUCUACAAGUGCGUCAAAAAGGCUGCCAAAGUGAGGAACAUCCGACGAGGAGUCAAAGAAGUUCAGAAGUUCAUCAACAAAGGAGAGAGAGGCAUCGUGGUGUUGGCAGGGGACACGCUGCCCAUUGACGUCUACUGCCACCUGCCCAUCAUGUGUGAGGACAGAAGCCUGCCGUAUGCCUACAUCCCCUCUAAAGUGGAUCUGGGUUCCUCUGCAGGCUCGAAGAGGCCGACCUGCGUCAUCCUCAUUAAACCUCACGAGGACUACCAGGAGGCGUAUGACGAGUGCUUGGAGGAAGUUUCCAGCCUGCCCAAACCCCUCUGAACUGCCAGCUAAUCAUGGAGUGGCUCCGCCCCUCUUGGCAUAAGUCCCACCCCUCAAUGGAAGAGCUAACAGUUUCCAUCCACUUCCAGUGUUUGUGUUAAGCUAGGCUAACCCAGCAGGAGGAUUUAAAUCCAGUUAAAAAGACUUCAGAUUAUUUUUAGAUAAAAACAUGUUGUUAAUGUUUGAGUGAAAAAAUCAGGUUUGUUUUUGUACGACUGAUGUAUUGAUCACUGAUCAGGACUCUGUGAGGAGCUGUUUGUUCCUGUGUAAAGGCAGAUGUUUGACAGAUGUUUUAGGGUUUUGUUUUUUUUUUCUUUUUAAUUAAAGAUGAGAACAGAGUGA